GUAGAAGCUUGUGCCUGGCAGCCAUCUUGGUUGAGGGCAGAGGAGCCGUUGGAAGCGUUGGUGGCGCGUGCGUCGCGGGGAGGAGGUCUGAUGUCCCUUCCUUGUCUAUUGCCUUUGGUCCCAUCCUGUGUCAGAACAGACCAGUUUACAUUGAACUGUCAUGGCAUCCAGCAAAUUUGUCAUUAAGGUGCUGACCAAUGAAUAAAUUAAGUGCUUUCUCUUCCAAAAAUAUGCAGUGUCUGGUAACUUUGAAGUUCAGUAGUCAACUCGAAAGUUGCUGGGGCUAACUAAUGAUUCACCAGAGAUUUUUGAGAGAGAUUUUGUCAUCAAUUUAAAACUUGGAGAGGUUUGCUAUUGCAGCCAUCUGGUAAUUCUUGGUUCUCUGGAGGAAAGAGAAGCCACUUGAUGGAAGAGAUCAAAGCAUUCUAUUUUUUCAUGUGGGAACUUUGCUGUUCUGGUGGAUGUUCAUAUUUUGCCUCAAGGCUCCAGUAAAGACACCAGCUGGUUUUCAGAUCAUGAGAAGGAGGAGGUCUGCAUGCUGCUGGAAGAUGUGGUUGCUUCAAGGGUCAAACACUACUUGGAAGCUUCUAAACAACGUGGUCAAUUGAAAUCGAUGGAAUGUGCAGCAUCUGCUCCUUUGUUUCUAACAGGCAACCGUUUUCACAUUACUGCCCAAUUUAUGAAGAGAUGGGUCAAUCUUCAUUGUGCUGUAGGGGAACAUUAUCGUGAUCUACGUAUAUUUCCAGACAGGUUCGUGGUUUGUGUCAGUAAACUGGAAUCUAAUCCAAGUGCUUGGACAUAUGAAAAUGGUGCUUUGAAAGAAGAACUUUCCAAUGGGAUGUCUGAAUAUUUUACUGAAUCGGCUGAGAACAAAAAGCUUAAGCUUAGUCUGACUCAACAGAUAAAGCAAGACAUCUUAAAAGAAACUGUGGAAGGGACAAAAACAAGGAAAAGUAGUGUGAGCAAACCUCGAACCAGCAAGGACUCACAGAAAGGGAACAGAAAGAAUGACUGUCAGACUUCUCCCAAACCUCUAUCUGAAUUAAAAUGUAGGACUAUAGGAGAACUAAAGGAUUGCAUAAAUACAUCUGAGAGCAACUUAGAGCUUCCUGUUUUAGAGCUGGAAAAUGGUGUUAAUCAGAGACAGCCAGAUGAUGCUAGCAGCCAGCAAAAACCUCACUCUGCGGAGCAGUUAAAGAUGAGACUUCUGAGCAAGAACCCUCCCUGCAGCUAUGAGUCGACACUGCUAGAUCCAAAACAGAGUCAAAAAGUGACUGAAACACAGGCUCAACAAAAGAGUUGUGGUUCAGAAGAAAAGUUAGACCAUUCCAAAAAAGUAUUUUCUGAAGAGGAUCCUUUAAUUCCUGGCAGUACAGAAAUGAGCAAGUGCAGUGAUGAUUGUUCAGGUACAUUCUUGGAGGAGAAGACCCCAUUUGAUUCAAGAUUGUUUUCUAAACAAGACUCGACAAAGAGGACAUCUGAUGAAGAGUCACUUACUUUGGGAGAAAAACUUUCCAGACCUCUUUUUGUGGAGAACAAUAUAGUGCAGACAAACAAAGAUGAGCCAGACACAACAACUGAAGAAUUAUCUCUGACGCCUUCAUUAUCUCAUUUUAAACUGCUGUCUAUGCCUCCAGCGAAGCUUAUCCAAAAAAGAAAAACAGAGGUUGAAGAUGGUCUCAGAAAGUUAAAACUCCGAAGGCUUAAGAAGUCAUGAUAGCAUCUUAAAUAUUACCUUGAUGGUAUGGAUCAACAACCAAAUUGGUAUUCAGAAAGCAUAUAUAAAAAGUAGGAAGACAUUCAAAAUCAUGAAAAACAGUAAAAAUGCAAAAAGUCUAAAUUAGAUGAACUUUUAAAGCAAAUUUAGUAAUUAAACAGCUCUGUGAUUUGGAACUGUAAUUAAGAUAAUUCUGUGAAGUUUUGGUAUUAAGACAUGUACAUGUUUUAUAAAACGUAAUAUUUAUAGAAAGAAAUCUCUUAUAAUAUUUACUAAGCAAAAUUUCUGAUGGAUGUAUAUUUUGGUACUAUAAAAAACUUGGUAUCAGCUGGUGACAGCAAAAGUUAAAACCACUUCCAUGAGCCAUUAACAACUAUAGUUGCCAGUUUUUGCUUGUUUCUGAACAGUUGUUUGUAUUAGCUGAAAUUAAUUGUUUCUGUUUCUGUGUUAGAAAGUUCGUGGUUUAUUCAUAUGAUCUUUACAACAGUAAAGCAAAUUCAGGUUAUAUCAGAUAAACUUUAACCAACAUUUAAUACUGCUGGUAAGUUAAGCCUUAUAUUUUCAAUGGGGUUUCAAAAUGAUUGUAGUUUGUGCUAUGCAGUUUUGUUAUGAAUAUGUAUUUCUAACAUGAGCUGUGGAUACAAGUGAUCAUGUAUUCUCUGUUUGGAAAAAUUCAGAUAGGUUUUAUAUUUGUAACCACCUGCGUAUGCCAACAUUGCUAUUGGGAAAAAAUCAUACAUAAACAUGCAUAAACCCAUUCAGGCAUGCAUGUUUCAAAAUCAAGGCCUGUUUGUGUGCAGGACAACAUACUGUAAUAUCUGUUUUUUUCAGGUGUUAGUGAUACCUGAGUUAUUUGUUAUUUUAAAAUGGAGUUAAUUUUUUAAUUGUACAGCACUUUUUAAUACUGCAUUUGUAAGUUGUAUGCUAAUGUGCUAAGGAAAUGUAACUUCUUACUUCACAUUUAUCUUUUUAAAGAGGUAAAAUAAAAUUACAAGCAAUUUCCUUUUGA